CGCAGCCGCACCCCGCGGGCCGGGACGGGUGCCACCCGCGGAGUCCCGAGGUCGAGGCUGGCCGGCGGAGCCAGGGCAGGCGGGCUGCGGUUUACAAAGGACACAAACCCUUCUACUAUUUCUAGCUUUUUUUUCCUCCGUUUCUUCUGUAAACCAAAACAUCUCAAAAUGGAGGCCUAAAACCUCAAAAGGGACUUAGUCUGAUCUUGGGAGGUAGUUUUGUGCAUGGACAGACCAAUGUUUAAAAGUCCUCAUUCUGAGCCUGUGGUUAUCAUGACUGGGUUGUGCCUUUGACUCCUGGGAGGGAGAGCUGCUCUGGGGCUGGGCACAGUGUUGAAGCAGCCCUCUGAAAGUUGCCUGGCAAUCUCCCACCAGCAGGAAGUUUCAAAAAAGUGCCUGUGUUUAAGAAAGAGCCAGAAUGAGAGUGCCUGUAGUCACCCUUUGAGAGAUUACAGAAGUAUGCUUAUCAGGUCGUUGACAUGUUGCAAGACUUCAGCGGUGACCGAGAACAAACAGGGACAAAAUGUUCCGGUAGGCACAGCAAACAUAGAGGAAGUAGGACAGACAAUGAGAGUCGAGAAACUGUCCACCCACGAUGGCCACUGGCAUUUUAAAGGCCUGCCCUGUAGUUCUUUUAAAUAGACUGCAAAGAUUAAAAUGGCUGUGGCUACAUUAUUUUGAUAAAUGAGCCAGUUUAUUCAGAGUGAAAAUGUCAUAGAAUGACCCAAGUUCUCAUAAUCCUGUGAGGGGUAGUGAGGUCAGAUACAAGGAUUUAUCCUGAGGGAGACUCUUGCUGACAAAUGUGAUGUUUCUCCUGCCACCUGGAGAUGAUGAAUUGGUGUCUUUGGUAGGGAACCUGCUAUAUCUGUGCACUGCAGAAAGCCACACCAGCCAGUGGCAGCAAACCCCUGUUCCUUGACGUAGAACUGAUUUGCUAAUGGCUAAUAAGUUUUAUGUGAGAAAUUCUCAAUUUUGAAGGUCUUUGCUGUUCAGAUGGCAAUGGACUUUUUUCCCCCUUGAUAUAUAUGGGCUCAAGGAACACUCUCUGAGAUAAUUUCUGACCAAAACUAAAAGUUUGAAGCUUAAGCCAGCAGUGGUGUGCAUGCCUUUAAACCCAGCACUCGGGAGGCAGAGGCAGGCGAAUCUCUGUGUUUGAGGCCAGCCUGGUCAACAGAGCAAAUUCUAGGAUAGCUAAGGCUACACAGAGAAAUGCUGUCUUGACCCCUUUUCCUCCCCCAAAAAGUUAAAGUCAUUCCAGAUCACAGAGGGGUAAGGCACAGGCUUUUUGUGCCCAAGGCCCUGGGCUCAGUUUCUGCUGCUACCCAGAUGAGCAGAAAAGGUUUUUUGAGUAGAAGAUCAAUUAAUAAUUCAAUCUUGGUCCUUUGAAAGGAAACAAAAACUAAACAAAUUUUGAAGAGGUUUAUUAUUUUAAAUCAUGUUCUCAUUCUACAUGAAACACAGAGUUUUUAGUGCAGUUUGGGUGAAUGCUGGUAGUGCAUUCCAGCAGCAAAGAGAAACAGAUCUGCCCAUCAAGAUGCCUGGCACAGAGGGACCCAAGUACUACGCUUCCGAAUGGGGUUAACUUUAAUCAUACAUUGACUGUCAGAAUCUAGUUUUUACUGUAUACAUGAAGAUUAUACAAAGGUAUGGUUGUGUAUAAUUAUGCCUUAAAAUGUAUCAGGGUAGGGUUUAGAAUUUCAUCCUACUAAAACCCAAAAUAUAUAAAAGAAAAAAAAAUGAGUUUGUUCUUAUUUUAGGUGUUCAGCCUAGUAGUAAAACUGACCAAAAGCCAUGCACAAAACUGCCUCCCCAGAGAAAGGCUGGUCCCUUCCCUCCCCAUCGGUUCAUCAUGAACGUGGUUCAAGACAGUGUCUUCCUGACCAGGCUGAUGAAGAGCGCUGAUUCCUUUGAGUUGAAGUACGACUUCUCAUGUGAGCUGUACCGCCUGUCCACAUACUCUGCUUUCCCCGCCGGAGUUCCUGUCUCGGAAAGGAGUCUGGCUCGUGCUGGCUUUUACUACAUGGGUGUGAAUGACAAGGUCAAGUGCUUUUGCUGUGGUCUGAUGCUGGACAACUGGAAACAAGGGGACAGUCCUGUUGAAAAGCACAGACAGUUGUAUCCCAGCUGCAGCUUUGUGCAGACUCUGAAUCCAGCCAGCAGUCUGGAAGCCAGCCCACAGCCUCCCCUCCCUUCUGCAGCGACAAGCACCAUGCCUUCAUUCUUUGCAAGUCUGGAGAACACUGGCUAUUUCAGUGGCUCUUACUCAAGCUUUCCCUCAGACCCUGUGAACUUCAGAGCAAAUCAAGAUUGCCCUGCUUUGAGGGCAAGUCCCUGCCACUUUGAAAUGAACACAGAGAAGACCAGAUUACUCACCUAUCAAACAUGGCCAUUGUCCUUUCUGUCCCCAGCAGAGCUGGCCAGAGCUGGCUUCUACUACAUAGGACCUGGAGACAGAGUGGCCUGCUUUGCCUGUGGUGGGAAACUCAGCAACUGGGAACCGAAGGAUGAUGCUAUGUCAGAGCACCGAAGACAUUUCCCCAACUGUCCGUUCUUAAAAGUUCUGGGUAAAUCUGCUUCAAGAUACUCUGUCUCUAACCUGAGCAUGCAGACACACCCAGCACGCAUUAGAACGUUCUUUAACUGGCCUUCUAGCGCGCUAGUUCCACCUCAGCAGCUUGCCAGUGCUGGCUUUUAUUACACAGGACACAGUGAUGAUGUCAAGUGCUUUUGCUGUGAUGGUGGGCUGAGGUGCUGGGAAUCUGGAGAUGACCCCUGGGUGGAGCAUGCCAAGUGGUUUCCAAGGUGUGAGUACUUGCUGGAAAUCAAAGGACAAGAAUUUGUCAGUCAAGUUCAAGCCAGUUUCCCUCAUCUACUUGAACAGUUAUUAUCUACGUCAGACACCCCCCCGGAAGAUGAAAAAUCAGAAGCAGCAAUUGUGCAUUUUGGAACUGGUGAAAGUUCGGAAGAUGCAGUCAUGAUGAACACGCCUGUGGUUAAAGCAGCUUUGGAAAUGGGUUUCAGCAGAAGCCUGGUGAGACAGACAGUUCAGCAUCAAAUCCUGGCUACUGGUGAGAACUACAGGACCAUCAGCGACCUCGUGAUAGGCUUGCUUGAUGCAGAAGAUGAGCUAAGGGAAGAGCAGAAGGAGCAGGCCGCCGAGGAAAAGGAGUCAGAGGACCUAAAAUUAAUCCGGAAGAACAAGAUGAUGCUCUUACAACACUUGACGUGUGUGACACCACUCCUGGAUUGUCUCCUAAGCGCCGGGGCCAUCACUGAACAGGAGUGCAAUGCUGUUAAGCAGAAACCGCAGACCUUGCAAGCGAGAACGCUGAUUGAUACUGUUUUAGCGAAAGGAAACACAGCAGCGACCUCAUUCAGAAACUCCCUUCAGGAAAGGAACCCUGUGUUAUACAAAGAUUUAUUUGCGCAACAGGACAUUAGGAGUCUUCCCACAGAUGACAUUGCAGCUCUACCAAUGGAAGAACAGUUGCGGAAACUCCAGGAAGAAAGAACUUGCAAAGUGUGUAUGGACAGAGAGGUGUCCAUUGUCUUCAUCCCCUGUGGCCACCUGGUCGUAUGCAAAGACUGUGCCCCCUCCCUAAGAAAGUGCCCCAUCUGCAGAGGUACCAUCAAGGGCACAGUGCGCACGUUUCUUUCCUGAACUGAUGGUCCACAGCUGCUAGCCUGGCGUGGGAGGGGGAGGCCGGAGGAGCAGAAGUUCCGAGUCAUCCUCAGCCUGGACUGCAGGAGACACUGCCUCAAAGGAAACAAAUAAAGAAAUGGAAAAAUAAAAAAGAAGGGGCAAAAGAAAAGCCUUUGUCUAAACACAAGAACAAAUGGAUUAACUACAUACUAAUUUUAAUUGGUUUCCUUAAAAGUGCUAUUUAUUUCCAACUCAGAAAGCUGUUUUCUGUAAACAUAUUUAUGUACUACCUGCGUUUAAAGCAUAUGUGCUCAUAUAUUCAGAUGCCAACAGAUAGGUUUUUGUUCUUACUCCUGAAAAGCAGGGAUUGCCUGCACUCCUGUAAUUCUUAGAGAAGAUUUGUGAUGUUGGCAUUUAUGAUUCAAAAUUUGAAAUAUUUUCGAGUUGCCUUAAGAACUGGGAACACAGAUUUCCCAAGUGUUUUAUGCAUAGAACUUCCUGUUAUUUAUUAAAUGACAUUUUAGGAAUAUGGAAUUUUAAUAAAGAAUUUGUGAGGAAAAAUUAAUAAAGCAGCACAAGUAUUCUUGUUCUUA